AUGGACAUGGACAUGGAUAUGGACGUCGACACAGACGACAUCCCCCAAGAACAAGAUCGCAUAGUAUGGCAAUCAUCCCAAUCCGCCACAAAGGACCUCCUCUCCUCAUAUUAUCUGGAUUAUAGCGCACCUAUGAGCGGGGUUUUUAUCCCACCAGCUCAACUCCCAGAGGGGUUUAUGCCCAAACCUCUAGAGAGGAAACGUCCCCGCAGACCACCUCACUCCCACACGCACACACACACGCAUUCCCACCCUCAACCCCAUUCCCGCCCCUCUACGCGUCGCACAAGCCCAACCACAGGCGCAAGCACAUCCUCCGCCCCCCAAAAGACACCCAAUCCCUUACCCGGAGCCACGCCUGCAUCCGCAUUCAUAUCCGGGGGCACACCCCUAACCACUUCAGCUUCAAGCACUCAAGACCCUUUACUAUUGUUGGCGAGGGUGAUGCAGGAUCAUGAGCGGCGGGCGGCUGCUCGGGGUUCGCAGUCCCAGUUGCGCUCUCAGCCUCGGGGGGAGGGGAGGGGGAAAGGUUCCGUCCAGGCGAGUGAUAGGGAGCGGGAGAGGGAGAAGGGGGAGAAGGAGAAGGACAGGGACAGGGGGAUGGUCCUCGCAGAUCGGACAAACGUCUCCCCUCGACGACGCCCUAGUACCCGAUCUAGAGGGAGAGAGGGUGAGAAACCCCUGAUGGCGGGGUCUGCUCCAGAUCUUGGAAGCCUGUGCAAGACAGCGAGACUCGUUGGGCUUCCUCUGGCCGCUUCGACCCAGCCCCAUCCCCAGGCGCAGCGUACAGCUCAGUCGGAGGACACUCUGCUCUCCAUACCUUCCCUUUCCCAGGCUUGGGCCUCCCAGGCACACUCGCACAACACUACUCUAGUAGGGCUGGGCCACAACGCCCCAUCAAACCCCGUCCCCCUUCCCGGCGGCCAACCUCCCCUCCCCUCAAGAACCUCAAACGCAAACGCACCGGCCCGCACCCCUCGCCCACCCCGCCGGUCCGCUAUUUCCCCCCUGAACCAGGGAAAAAAGCACAAGAUCCCAUCCUUUCGUCCUCCAGCGGUUGUGGCUCUGGGCGUGCAAGGGUCUGCACUACCUGCCGCUGGCCAGGCAGCUCUCGGACCUGGGGGGCCUGGGGGACAGGCAUCGGCGGGGUUAGGGGGGUUGGGGCUGGGGCUGGGGUUACAAACUCCUGUUAGGGGCGUGGCGGGUUGUACGAGAAGUGCGAGCCGGCGCGCUGCUUUGGCGCAAGAGCAGAGCGCCCAGAGCGCUCGAAGUACGCGCAGUACCCGGAGUACUCGAAGUACGACUGGUACGACAAGUAUGAGCGCAAACACGAGCGGGAAUGGGACUGGGUGUGCCGCUGGGAGAGCGGAUACGAGUGAUGACUCGUUUGGGUUUGUAUUGGAUUCGGAGCUGGAGGAGGUGAUGAGGCUGUAUGACGCUUGA